AUGGCGACCAGUUUCAAGAAGAAGGGGUCACGUGGUCGCGCUGUUUAUCCUCCUGGAACAAGGCCGUCACUGCAUAAUAGUCAGCUGUUGAUAUCUUCUGGAGUACCUUCCAUGGAUAAUGUGGUUGGUGAGUUUAUUCGUUUUGAAAAUGCUUGAAAAGUAUACUCGUGUCUUCUUGACCUCUUUUCAACUCACUAGCUGCGCUAAAAAUUAACAUCAAGAAGAUAUAAAAAAGUCCCUCUUUACUCAUUCGUGAUACUUUUUAGCGGAAUAGUCCUCGUACUUCUUGGAAUUUGUACAUUAUAGGCAGUUUACCAGGGUGUAUUCUAGAAAUUGGCCAAUGAGGGUCAAAUUAUUAGGAGGCCCUUUUUGAGUUUUCAAGAAAGGGGGUCCCCCAAAAGUUGUUUGAACUUAUUAGUACAGACUGUUCCAUGAGAAAACGAACGUUUAUUGACGCUUUGCUGCCAAUUUUGGAACAUUCUGGGCAACUGAGUGGAGGCUUGUGUGGCAGAGUGGUGUGAUUCUCGAACUCCGGAUCUGGAGGUCCUGGCAUGCGUUCAAGCCUCACACAUCUCAUUGUUUCCUUAGACAAGGAACUUUACUCCACUUUGUCUCUCUUCACGCAGGUGUAUAAAUGGGCACUGGCGACAUACUGCUGGGGGGUAACCCUGUUGUGGACUAGAAUCCCAUCUAGGGGGGAGUAGCAGUACUCCUAGGUGCUUCAUAUGAAACCGGGAUAAACUCCGGCCAUUUGGGCCUUUGGCUCGUGUGCACCUUUACCUUUACCUUAAAACCAGUGACAAUUUAUCUUUAGAUUUUAUAGCAGUGCUUUCCGAAGUCAUCCAUUGCACAUGCCCAUCCCACAAUUUUUGGACCUCCCUCUCAAAUGUUCAACAAUGGUCUUGCAUAUUAGACUUAACAUUGGUUUGGUUUGUUUAUGUGUCUUCCUCUCAUUCCAAUCCGUUUCCUUCUUUAAGAGUAUAAAGAAGAAAACCUGAAUUCGAUUACAACAAAUACCCCACUCCUGGUGCAGACCUUUGGUGUCAUACUGUAAAAUUCCGAAAAUAAGCCCCUCCAUGUAUGAGCCCCUCCAAAUAUUCCCCCAAACUCGUAAGCAUAAAACCCUCCGUUAAAUCGCCCCUUCAGAUAUAAGUCCCUUGGGGGCUUGUACUUUGAAAUUGCCCUCAAAUACAAAGUAAAACAAAGCAAAAACAGUCAAUUUCCAUCCAACUACAAGGCUAGCCCAAUCGAUUUUGAAACCCAAAUUUCCCUCCAUAGAGAAGCCCCUCCAAAGAUAAGCCCCUCAAAAAGGGCCUUUGAAAAAUAUAAGCCCCAGGGCUUAUUUUCAGAAUUUUAUGGUAAUUCAUUAAUCCACAAGGGGAGCUCCCCCGGGUGGCACUCAAGGGAAGUUUGGGUAGAGGUCAGGGUUAGAGGUGUGCUGCUGAGGUUUUUAAACACUGACUCUGUUUAAGACAAACACUACUCACGCAGGUUUUGGUAAAAAUGAGGCACAGGUCAUUAAAUGGCAGAAAAUAAGGCAAUUUUUAAAACUAGCAUACUCCUAGUUUACAUUUGACCUUUGCAGCCUUUUGUCUUUUGUCUGUCAUUUGUAAACAAUAGCUAAAACAAUGUAACUAUUCCGUCGUCCAAUCAGCGCUUAUGACUGGAUUUCGGAAAGAUUUUACGUCAUUAGUAUGUAAUUUCUGUCGCUGAGUCAAAGACGUUCCUCCUCAGGAAAUGUCCCCAGCGGCGAGGAGCAAGGAGAAAUGACUGUUUUUGCAGGCUAAUACAAGCGCUAACUAGAAAAUUUUUAAAAUUCCUCUGUAGGAGGUGGGAUUGCCAUUGGAACCAUUUUCAUGGUUGGUAGGUGCCUUUUUUAUACUUAAAGCUUACAUUUUAAAUAUUUCUGUGCCCAAAAUCACCUUAGAAAACGCCUCUAUGGUACCCCAAUUUUUUCUUAUCAAGCCUAGAAUUCCUGAACCCAGUGCUGUCAUGAAGAGCCUGGGACUGGGGAUUUCCUUUUCACUUUCAUAGGCUACAAAUGACUAGCUGAACUUGCUAGCUGUUCAAUUCCCUGCCCAUAUUACUAGUGACAGUUUUAUUGUCUCUACCUGUUUUUCAGCUUGAAAUCUUAGCAACAGCCCUUCCUAUAAACCCCUUAUUAAAGAAACCUUACCAUGCCAUAAGGAACAUUUUUGCGUUGAGAGGUCACAAUAUUACCUUAUUAUAGAUUCAACUUACAAUAAUAGGUGUACACUUGGCUACUUGGCAGGUUGCUAAAAUGUCAUUCACUGUCUCAAACCGCCCUAUUUGCCAGGUGUCCUAAACACCAGUCAAUGUCAUUAUUGCUCCGUCAAUCAUUUUCAGCCUAGUUUAAUUUUAUAUGUAUUAUAUGAGUUUCUGUUUUCUUGUUUAGAGGAAGAUACCUACAGUUCUUAUGCAUGGCAACUUUCUAAGUAUUUUCUGGCUGAAGGAGUUGUAUGCAGCCAUGCCUUAUUCCUUGCAUCUGCUGAGCCAGAACCAAGCAAUAUUUUGAAGGUAAAUCCAUAGCAUGUAAGCAAUAUUAUUGUUAACGUCUAAUAAAUCUUAUGUGCCUCUAAGGACAUCUUUCCCAAGGCUUCAACAUGUUAAAAUUACUCCCCAGUAGGUUACAUGUAAUCACCUCAGGUAGAGCCUCAACCAAGGCAGUUGUGAAGGGUGGGGGGGGAGGAAGAGGUAGGGAGCACUGCUAUAUGUGGACUAAUAGAGGUAUGCACUGCUGUGAAUUGUAGAGCUUUCAAGGUUAGUUUUGUCUGGAAUAGGGUACAGAAAUCAGAGGAUUUUGGUUUAAAAUAGGGUAUCAUUUAUAAGAAAAUCUUUGGUGGGAUAAAGAAAAAUAUUAUUUUCUACUCUCUAUCUCUGGGAUGUUUUUUGGUAAGUACCUAAUCUUGAUAGGAUUGUGCAAUUGCAGCUGAACAUGGUGUGGUAUAGGGUAACAGUUCCCCACCCAUGUUAAAACAUGAUAAAUAGAGUAUCCAACACUUUCCUCCCUCAACCACCACCACCCCUGGGUGGCUCAAUUCCCAGAGUUAAAAUACUCCAAUAAACCAUUUACACUAACACACAUUUCCUCAAAAUCAUUGUCCCUGCAGCCAUACCUUAUUAAUAUUUUUGUACCUCUCACAAGUGGAUAGCAUCAGAUCUUCUUUAACACAUGCAUUUUAAAUUGUAUGGAUACAGUCUUUCUUUCUGGUUGUCAAUAUUUUGGUUAAAGUUCAUGUAGGAAACUGCAGGUAUUUUGCUCAAACAUUUCAAGGGAUUCUUAAUUACAAUUAUGUAUGGUUUUCUUUAUUUACAUUUAAAAUAGGAUCUUCCACAACAGACAGAUGAGGCAGACACCAAAACAACAGUCAGUAGUGAACAGGGACAAAGGAUACUAUCAACAGAUCAAUCAAUGAAGAUUGCAUGGAGAUAUCAAAAUCAGCCCAAAUUUGAAGUGAGUUUGGCUGUAGAAAUAACUUGUUAACUGAAUGAUAGUUAGGCCAACCUGUUUGUACAAUAUUCAUUAUGAAGACUAUGGUAACAGUUCUAAAUUUUUAUGUGAUUGAAAUCAUGUACUGCCACCAUUCAAAAGGAAUGGUCAGACCAUAGGAUUCAUAAAUGUAAUGAUUACAUUUAAUUCUUUCAGCAGUACAUGUAUUUCCUCCUGGUGGCAUGAUAUAAUACCAAAAAAUUGGUUUUACUUCCUGUAUUAAACUUAAUAAUAAAUUAUUAUUCACCAUUUUUUGAGAUUUUUCUUGACUUUUGGUUUUUGUUACUAUCAGGAAAGAAAAGGCUAAGAAUUUAUUUUUUAGUUUUUGUAUACAGAAUAUCCCAGUGUUUUUUAAAAAGGCUUAUUCUAGUUGUUGCUCCUUGCCAGCUACCUGUACUUGGGCUUACAGAUUUAUAUUUUUAUCCUCAAUAAUACUCUUUUAAUAUAUAAUUAUGUCGCAAUAGUCUUCACCAUCUCCUGUGAAAUUUGGGCACUACUUUGAUUUGACAAGAACCAUGGAUGAUCAGAAGGUUUCCUCUGUUCCUAUUCACACAUUCAGUGUAAGCAGUGAGAUGUCAAAGUGUCUUGAAUGUUCUGCAGCAGAAAAAAGGUAUGUCAACAAUUUCUUGUUGAUUUUAUUAUUAUUCUCAGAACUGUUGUACCAAGGGCUCUCAUUAAAAUUUCAUGGUGCAAUGUAUAAUGCAGUUAGUAGGUGAGGAAUUGAACAGCUAAUUUUGCCCAAAAAUGUGUUUUGAAGCUAGUCCAGCGGUUUUCUGGUCACUGUUGUGCUAUAAAGAGCUAAAACUUACACAAAGCCAUUUAGAGGUCAUACCCUUUGCUGUCAUCUGAUCCAGAUGCAAAAUAUUAGCUUGUGAAGUUCGGGCAUGCGCAAAAAACAAAAUUUCGAGAUAGUUUUUGGGUUUAAGAGUGACAAGCAGUCUUGACUUUUACUUUCUGCUUUCUCUCCUCCUCUCUUUUUUCACUUUUCUUGCCUCAUUUUUUUUUCUUGUGCUGGGCACUGAGUAGGCUUCAUUUUGGUGGGAAAAGUUUUAAGGAAAGCUUUUAAGAUAUUAGGAUGAGGUGAAAGGAAGGGUAGGUGACUAGUGGAACAAGAUUUUCAUGGAAGUUUUCAGGUCAACGUUACGUGGUUCUCUGCCUUUUUCUCUGGUGUCCUUGACUGAAUUGUUCUCAUUCUGGUAUGGUUUGAAAGAUUUCUUCACUCUGCACCAUUAAAAAAACUCAUGACAUCACAAGUGGUAGAAGGGACGUGGAUCCACAUGAGCGGUUACGGGCGGCUCAGGGGCGAAUGGGUUAAUAGGGUUCGAAAACAGUCCCGUCCGGUCAUCCGGAGCAAGUAGAUUCUCUUGUUGGGCAAGUAACUUUUUAACGUUCAAUCUAAUACUCGUGCUACUUGGAAAGUUUUAAAUGAAAUUCUAAACAGAAGCAAAAGAAAUUCCAAUAGAUGCUCAACAUUUAAAGCUGAUGAUCGUGAAGUUACUGAUCCUGUCGAAAUUGCCAACAAGUUUUGUAGUUAUUUUUCAAGCAUCGGUCCUAAUUUAGCAAGGGGUAUACAGUCGUCAGCUUCACACCGUUGUUUUCUUAAUGGUUCCUUUACACAGUCAAUAUUCUUCAACCCUACAACUCAAGAUGAGAUCACUGAGAUUGCGAAAACUUUUCUUCCAGGCAAAGCAGCUGGCUACGACCAGAUUCCAAUGACAGUCAUUAAGGAGUCCAUACUACUUGUUUCUGAACCACUCACCCAUAUCAUAAACUUGUCAAUCCAGCAUGGUAUUGUUCCCGAUGAAAUGAAAAUCGCUCGCGUGAUACCUAUUUUUAAAUCUGAUGAUCAGUCGCUUUUCACCAACUACCGACCUAUCUCGGUGCUUCCCAGUUUUUCAAAAUUCUUUGAAAGAGUUAUCUACAAUCGUUUAAUGCAAUAUCUGAUGAACUUCAACAUCCUCUGUAGUAACCAAUACGGCUUCAGGUAAUCGACUUGCAUGAUAAGAUCUCUACUGCCUUUGACCGAGGCGAAUUUUCCGUAGGUAUUUUUCUUGACCUCUCAAAAGCCUUUGACACUGUAAAUCAUAUCAUUCUUUUUGAUAAACUCGAACAUUACGGUAUUCGUGGCUUAGCGCUGGACUGGAUAAGAAGUUACUUUUCAAACAGAAAGCAAUAUGUUGAAUAUAAUGGCCACCGUUCGUUAAGAAAUGAAAUCUCAUUUUUCUUACUGUACAUUAACGACAUCAACAAUGCUUCUAAUCUAUUAAAUCUGAUAUUGUUCGCUGACGAUACCAAUGUAUUCAUGUCACAUAAAGAUCUGAACUAUCUCUCAGAUAUGUUAAACUUGGAGAUGGACAAACUGUCAAUCUGGUUUAAAGCAAACAAGCUUUCUCUAAAUCCUAAAAAGACUAAAUUUAUGGUCUUCAAACCAAGACAAAAGCGUUCAAUUUGUAAUAUUCAAAUAAGUAUAGAUAAUCAAAAUAUUGUUAAAGUAAAGGAGACAAAUUUUCUAGGCGUAAUUUUGGAUGAAAACCUAAAUUGGAAGUCGGAAAUAUCUCACGUUGCAAGGAAAGUUGCGAAGUCAAUCGGUAUAAUAUCUAGAUGCAGCUUCUUUUCUUCCUAAAUCGUCUUUAAUGCUCUACUAUUCCUUAAUUUAUCCUUAUUUUUACUACUGCAAUAUCGUUUGGGUUGUUCGACCUAUAAAACUAAUCUCCGGCCUUGUUAUCCCGAACUGAGGUUAAAUUUCUUCACCACAGGUUGUUAACUUCCCAGGGGGUCAAAGUUCUCGCCCUUUUUGCGUUGUUCGAAAAAGUUUAUAAAUCUUUCCAUCUUCGCGUUUAGAGGACCGGUUAGUUAACCUAUAGUUUCGGGUUUACCUAUAUUUUUUGUAAUUAGUGUGGCAAAUAAAACUAACUCACGGUUAGCAUCCCAUAAUACCUCUUGGCUUGAAGUCGAGAGAUACAUGGAACGUUUGUCAGCAAGAGGGUCUACAGCCAUAGUUAAUCCCACUUGGCAAGGGGCGGGAGGGCGUGUGGAAAUUUAAACAGAUUUUGCACUGUAACUAAGGACAGAAAGUUUGUCGGAAAUGUUGUCUACAGUAACUAUUUUUAAAUUUAUGAAUUUCUAUGAAUGUAUAGAGGACGUUCUGAAUUUGUUUUUUGGCAAAAUAGUACAUUUUUGUAUUAAGACGAUCAGGAGUAAAAAUAUAAAGAAGGAAAGGAUGCUGCCACUUGAAUGUUUAAACGUUGUUCAACUUCGUGAAUGUCAGUAAUGUUGUUUUCAUUAAAUUGGUAAUUUGUUCUUUUGACUAAGAAUGAACCAUUGGUCUUCUGAUUUAUUAGAUCAAGUCUUCAGGCCGGUAUAUACAGCACUCUAAUCUCCAAAGUAAAGUCUAUUAUCAGGAGUGGAGGAUUCACAACAUCAGAUAAAGGGGUAUGUAGCUUGAAAUAAUUAUUCUACAUGUAAGAACGGUGGAUCUGUAGAUCGCUAGAUCAGUGGACCAGUGGAUUGCUAGAUGGAUGGAUCUGUAUAUAGCAAGAUCGGUGGAUUGGUAGAUCGUUGGAUCGGUAGAUCGCUAGAUCUAUGGAUCUGUAGAUCUGUGGAUCGGUAGAUCACUGGAUCGAUGGAUCUCUAGAUCGGUGGAUCGAUAGAGCGCUCGAACUGUGGAUCUGUAGAUCGCUAGAUCGAUGGAUCGCUAGAUCCGUGGAUCUGUAGAUCGCUAGAUCAGUGGGUUGAUAGAUCUGUAGGUUGCUAGAACGGUGGUUGCAGGCAGAUCGCUAGAUCUGUGGAUCGGUAGAUCGAUGGAUCGGUAGAUCGCUAGGUCGGUAGAUCUUUAGAUCGGUGGGUUGAUAGAUCUGUAGAUCGCUAGAUCGGUGGACGGGCAGAUCGCUAGAGCUGUAGAUUUGUGGAUCGGUAGAUGACUAGAUCGAUGGAUCAAUGCAGCGCUAGAUCGCUAGAUCUGUGAUCUGUAGAUCGUUAGAUCGGUGGGUCGAUAGAUUUCUAGGUCGCUAGAUCGGUAACCAGGCAGCUCGCUAGAUGGGAGGAUCGGUAGAUCGAUGGAUCGCUAGAACAGUAGAUCUGUAGAUCGCUAGAUCGAUGGAUCUGUAGAUCGCUAGAUCGAUGGAUCGGUAGAUCGCUGGAUCAGUGGAUCUGUAGAUACCUAGAUUGGUGGUUCGGUAGAUCGAUGGAUCGGUAGAUCGCUAAAUCUAUAGACUCAAAACAGUCGGUUUUUUCCUCAAAAUCAGUAAAGAAAUCGGUAACGCGUGGCGUAAGAGUCUUAUGCGUGCGAACCGCGCGAGCGUCACACGCCCGUACGGAGUGUGAGUCUCUCCCCAGUCUCGCUCUCUGUUUUCAGCCUCGUUCCACACCUUUUGUUUGACUGCUCGCGCGUACUUGAAUACGCAAAAAUACGGACUGUUUUGCAGUCUACUAAAUCUAUGGAUCUGUAGAUCUGUGGAGCGGUAGAUCAGUAGGUCGAUGGAUCGAUAGAGUGCUAGAACGGUGGAUCUGUAGAUCGCUAGAUCAGUGGAUCUGUCGAUUGCUACAUCGGUGGAUCGAUAGAUCUUUAGAUCGUUAGAUCACUUGAUCUGUGGGACGGUAGAUCGGUAGAUCGAUGGAUCGCUAGAUCAUAACAUCUAGUGAUUAUGAUACAAGAUCAACGGGUAUCCUCCAGGACUUGGGAUGGGAUACCCUUGACCAAAGACGCUCUUAACAGCUCGCAAGAAGUGUUUUUAAAUCUCUAAAUAACCUUAUAUUUACUCUGAGAGUUUAAAGAAUGUGUUUAAACCAACCUCCGUGGUUCAUUCCUACGACGUACGAGGUGCCUCGAACAAUGUUUUUGUACCAAGGCCCUGUACUGAAGCUGCUAAGCGGGCUUUUAGCUAUAGGGGAGCAGUCAUGUGGAAUGGCCUAGAAAAUGUGCUUAAAGACGAGAUAAAUCUCAACUCUUUCAAGCCUGCCCUGUCUUUGUCUUGAACCAGGGAUUGCUUUGAGGGAGUUGAAAUAGAACUUAUUUUACUUAUAUAAUGUACAUUAAAGGUUGAUUGAUUUUUUUGUAAUUAAUUCUACGAUAAAUUUUCUUAAUUUAUAGAUAUUUUUUAGCGUUAGUGUAGUUUCUCUGAAAAUUUUGUUGUGUAAACGGGUCACUGGAAGAGCAUGAAGUAAUACCGUAUUAAAAUAAAGCUUGAUUGAUUGAUUGAAUCGCUUGAACGGUGAAUCUGAUUCAAUUGCUUUUCAAGGGUUUUUAUUGAAAUAAGGACCUUAACCGAAUUCAAGGACUUUUAAAGACGACUACUUAAAUUCAAGACCUUUUCAAGGUUGUACGAACCAUGUAGAAUACAAAAACUAGAAUGUAAAGACCCAAGAUAAAAGAAAAAAUAACUAGCACUAAAACUAACGCAUAAAGAUUACCUGUGUUUUGACUGGCUUGCAUCUAGAGGUAUUGUUGUUUUCAGAGUAAAUAGGCUAAUACUUUGCUUUUUUUAGCUUGAAAACAGAUCAAUCCUGAGAGUAGUUCUCCAAGGAGUUGGUUCAGCACUGUGGGGUGAAGACCAACAUGGUCCUUAUUUGACCAGAUUCCUUUUCCAGCUUCGUGCAGUGAUGCGCUCAUCUUUGGCUGUUUGUUUCAUUACAGUUCCGACCCACUUGUUUCAGGUAAUUUAGUAUUAGAGGACUUAUUGAAGAAGACGACCCUGUGGGCGAAAUUAUCUACUCAAUACUUAGAGCAAUUUUCAAUUGAGUGUUGAAAGUAAUCCAGGAUUGAAUUGGCUUUGCUUUACUGUGCUGUUUGAUUGGCCAGAGGCAUUUUCAGAUGUAAACUAAAAAAUGUGGUCACUCGCGUUUUCCCGCUACAGGUCGUCAUUCUUCUGAUAAUUUCCUUUACUCUGAUUGGCCGUUGUGAUUAAUUUGGUUUUGGUUUUCGAAACCAAUGGUCUAAAAUAUCAUAAGACGUGCGUGAACCUUUCAUUUUGGCGGGAAAAAUCGUCGGAAGAGUUGUAGCGAUAAUGUCGUAAUGGCGGAAACCAAUGGUCAAAUAUCAGACGUGUCUUUCAUUUUGCAAUUGGAAGAGGUGCUAAACCGCCCAUGAAAGAAAGUAAGCAAAGUGAAGCUGUCCAGGGCGUCCAUUUUUUGAGAAUACGUGAAGAAACCUUUUUUAUUAGUUCAAAUCCCGUUCUGGCAGUCGUCCUUUUCCUCGAAUCUAAAGGUACCGGUAUCUAUCGAUAAAACCGUUCACUGGCAUUGAGAGAACAGUAGCCAAAGAGAGAAGUCUGAAGGGAGAAUGUUAUAGCCUACUUAGCAGUCUUUCAAGUUUCCUUUUGGCCACAAAGGCUAAGAAUGUUACAGCCUUUAGUGCCUACCGUCCUUCGGAAUCAACUCCAGAAGAAUUUCCCAACAUGAAACAAAUUUUAUAAAACGGAACAAGAGUAAUAAAGUAUGGACUUUACGAUCCAACGACGCGAUUGCAACGAGAACGUUGCUUGAAAAGUGAAUUUGCAUUCUUUCAUUCAUUCAAAUGUAGGCGAACCCUCCUGGAGUUGAUUCCUAGGGACCAUAUCAAAGUUCAGAAAGAGAUAAAAUUUCGUUGUUGCUUGUUUACGUACUCCAUAAAACUCGAAAUUAGGCAUUUUCAUGUCGUAGUCGUGCAAAAACGGGUAAAGAAAUACACAAAAAAGCGAGAUGCACGUGCAAAGUUGUUGUUUUGCUUAUAAAACCUUUUUUUUUUUUUGACGUUCUUGUUGCCGUCCGCGUCGUCACUAAUUUGAAAAAGCGCGAACUCGCUUUCUAAGUGACGUCUUCCUGCCGUUGCUGUUGCCGUCGUGGUUGGUUAAGCUCCCUACUGAUACAACGAGUGAUGAAGAUGAUAAAGAUGAUGAUUGAUGAUGAUGAUGACGAUAGCCUUUCUCAAGUAAUAUUGUUUCGUGUUAGAUUGGUUUUCAUCUAUUCACGUUCCAUCUGAAUUGUAAAUAUCAUCCCUGGGGUAACUUUGUCCGACACGAAGGUGAUUGGCGACCCACCCGCCCUCCCAAGCGAGUAAGUCGGGUUCCGGAUUACCUAGUAUAUUCAAUUCAGUCUGUCUUGGGCUUGUUCAAGGUCAGAUUGAUUCCCCAUACCUUACUAUGAUGUCAUGAAUAACAAUGCCCAGGGAUGAAUAUUAUACUAGCCAAAGAAAACGGACAACAUAUCGCGACGCCUCCACUGGUUUUCCCUCGAAAUCAAGUCUGAGGAACGAGCGCAGAAAUUCCAUUCUGAUGACGUUCACUAAGCGGAUCUGGGCAGUACUUCUGAUUGGUUGUGCCGCGUGGGAAUCUGACCUCAACCAAUCAGAAGCACUAUCCAGACCUGCGUAUUGACAAGUCGUCAGUAUGGAAUUGCUAUGCUCAUUCCUCAGACGUCAUAAUUUCGAGGGGAAAGCAAAGUAAUCUCGUAGUAGAUGUAACUUUGCCUUGAGAACCACCGAUGGUGUCGUGUGAAUAAAACCUUCGGUUUUCGGGACAUUAACUUAAGUGUAGGAGAAGUCUGGAUGUGUAAAUUCAUUCCAAUACACUGUUUUGUAUUGUAGGAUACAGCACUGACUCGUCGUGUUGAGAGGCUGUGCGACACUGUCUUGAAGUUGGAAUCGUUUGUUGGCUCUGAAAACGAAACAAACGCAGUUUACAAAGAUUACCAUGGUGAGUGUGUACAUUUUAUUACAUCACAUUAGGGACCUUAAGACACACCGUUUUUGCCCACGGGCGGUUAAGCCAUGCAUUUGUAUGAAAGGAGAGAGCAAUAGAGCGUUUUCACCCACGUGUCCAGCAUCUAUGCAAAUUUAUUAGAACAAAAGAAAGCGUUUACAUAAGAAAAGAGUUCAACUCCCACAGGAUUGGUUUGGAACACCAAUAUGGCCGCCGUGACGUCAUGUGAAAACGCUCUUUUUCCCAGAUGCCGCAAUGGCAUCAUCGUUCAACCGGGUGGCAUAGCUGCCGCUUCUCAGUGGUAAGAGGCAAUGUACCCGUAUUUACUAGAACUGGUGGGGCAGGUAAUUUACCUGUAAACGGAAACGGUUUAUCUUAAGGUUUUAGAUGUUGCAGUUUUGCAGAACGGUAACGGGAUGAGUUGUUUAUAGCUCCACUGUUUUUAUUUUGGUGCUAGGUCUUUUCCACAUCAUUCGGCUUCCUCGGUUAAACUCUCUGGUGAGUCACGUGCCAGAUUCAUUCGACCUCGCCUUCAAACUGAGGAGGAAGAAGAUGAGCAUUGAGGUAAAGUUAGGGUUUUUAUUUUCCAAUCAUUUGUGGCAUUCAUUAUACUGGCCGCUUAAAUAGCGACUAAAAGUGAAGGGCACGCGAUAGCAUGAUAUAUCUACAGUUAGUAUAAAAUCUGCAAUCGCUUAGUCCCAAACCUAUCGCUCAAGUUAUAAAACUGGUUUAGUAGUCUUGAAAUUAAGUGUUUUUGUCUCUAUGCGAAUCGUGAUACGAAAAAGAUGUUGACGAUCAAGAAUGUACAUAAAUGGAAUAAGGGCUUGAUCUGUAAACCGCGUCCUCUCUUUGACCAUGUUUACGUACUUUGAGCUAAAUUACCUCACUCGAGGGCUGGCGAGGAGUAACUUCUGGGUGAAUUCUGUGCCUCUUUAGUAGAACCUCGCAGAAAUGAGCCUUCAAAUGCGUUUUAAAGACCCAAUCAAAGGUAGAGAUUCCUUCGGAUGGUGGAGAAACAUUGCAUUACUUUCUAAAGACAGUAUCAACCCUUAGUGCUACCAGUCAAUUGGCCUUGUUAUCAUCAAUCCCUCGCAACUUUCAUUUGCGGAACGGCUACUCGCGAUCGAAAGAUCAUACGAAACAAACUACUGAAAGAUCUGGUACCAAACGUCAGGUAUCAUCAAACUACUACAAGACAAGUAACUACUGAUACUUAUGGUAACAACCUUCAGCCAUCACAGACUGUCCUCGUAGGGAGUAUGAUACAACUGCUAGCUAAAACUAGACAAACUCUCUAACUGAUCCUUACGGUACCACAAACUGAUCAGUCACUGACAACAGUCCUUUUAAGGACUAUUACACAACUGCUAGAUGAAUGAGACAAACUCUCUAAAUGAUCCUUCCGGUACCAAACACUGAUCAGUCACUGACAACAGUCCUUUUAAGGACUAUCAAACAACUGCUAGAUGAACUAGACAGACUCUCUAACUGAUCCUUCCGGUACCAAACACUGAUCAGUCACCGACAACAGUCCUUUUAGAUGAGAUGAGGACAGAAACUCUAAAAUGUACCAAACCUGAUUCUGACAACAGUCCUUUUAAGGACCAAACACUAGAUGAAUAGACAGUCAUCCUUCCGGUACCAAACAACAGUCAGUUUUUAAGGACCAUUACACACUGCUAGAUGAGCUAGACAGACUCUCUAAAUGAUCCUUCCGGUACCAAACACUGAUCAGUCACCGACAACAGUCCUUUUAAGGACUAUUACACAACUGCUAGAUGAACUAGACAGACUCUCUAACUGAUCCUUCCGGUACCAAACACUGAUCAGUCACCGACAGUAGUCCUUUUAAGGGCUGUUAAUGCCUUGAUGAUCAAACUGGGCAAACUACCGAUACCCUUAGGCUUAUCUCCGAGAGCUUUGUACAACUGCUAAAUGACACUAGGAAAACCACUGAUACUUUUUGUAUCAAUCAUAAGUCACCGUUAACAGUCCUUUUGGGGACUAUUCACGCCCAUAGAAUCGUAGUAAAAACUCUACUGAUACUUCAAAUAUUAGUCACCAACGACAGUCCUUUUAAGGGCUAUUUUUGCCCGGAUCAUUAAUCCCAACUAUGGAGAUCUCUGGCGUCAAAAAUGAAUAAGAACAGUGGUUUAGGGAGCUAUUAUCAGCAGGACGAAUACAUGGUAGUUAGACCAUCAAGUCUUAAGUUUUAAGAGCUAUAUUAACGCGGUGAUUUGGCAUGUUUCCAUAGAAACUUCACCUUCCCCCAGACCUCUCAGAAACUGUCAGUAGGUCGCAGGAAGACUCAGUGCGUGGGAAGCCUGGAUCCCUCUCGUGUCAGUCCACAAAAAGCCUGCUAGACUUCUGACCUGUUGGAAUCUUGCGUAAUUCAGGCUCAGCCGUACUGAUCAACGUGCACAGCGGAUGGCCAGCUGGCGUAUGCGCGCUAGGCACUGAGAGUGUCGUAUGUUGUUAUGCGAGCGGUGCUAUUAGAACUGGAAUUGCUGUCUGGCAACGAUUGAGAAAUGACCUAACGCGGAAAUGACCCUUGUUUUGUGCUUCACUGUAUCUAUCUUUGUGAACGUGCAUGGCAGAUGGUUUGCUGGAAGCAUGCGCGCUCGGCACUGAGAGGUGUCAUAUGUCGUUAUGUGAACUGUGCCAUUAGAACUGGAAAUGUUGUCUAGCAACGAUUGAGAAAUGACCUAAAGCGGAAAUGACCCUUCUUUAAUCAGAUGUCGAUUUUAACAAGUUGUAUGCUACACUGUAUCUAUUGACGUCAAGCUUAACGUUUCUCUCUCUUGGCUUAAUGGAUUUGAGAGGAUAUUGCCGCUCCUCUUGGACUUGAAUAGGACUCUGGCCCAUCGAAGAUAGGUGCCACAACUUAGAUUUAAUGUUCCUAUUACGAAUUCUUCAAUGCUGUGGAAAUCACGCUUCAGUGUAACAACGUGAAAAUGGAUAGUGGCCAAACUUAAAGGCUCCUCUACGAGCUCUUGACCUUUGGACUUGUCAAAGCGAAUGUGUACAAACGAUUGACCCGACUAAAAGGAGUAUGUGAGACCGUAUUUUAUCUUAAUAUGGACUACGCGUCGAUGUAAAACAAUCGGGUAUUUUCUUUCGUGCUUUUUUUCUUGUGGCGGCCUGUUCCUAGCAGA